GUCAGUAAGACCAAAGAAUUGACUUCAAGAAGGGGAAGAUGUUAAAACACCUAUUGGUCCUCAUAGUGUGGAAAGGGUGAACCACUUGAGGUUCCUAGUUGUCAGUGUCUUGGAGGAUCUAUCCUGAAGCUAACACAUUAAUCCAAUCACAAAGAAGGCAUGCCAGCAGUUCUUCAUUUGGAGUUUGAGGAGAUUUGGUAUUUCACCAAAGAUUCCUGACAAUUUCUAUAGAUGUUACCACAGAGAGGAUUCUGUCUGGUAGCAUCACAGACUGAUAUGGAGGCUCCAAUGCAGAGGAUUGCAAUAGACUGCAGAGUUGUUGACUCUGUGAGCUCUAUUACAGGCACAGCCCUCCCUUCCAUAAGGACAUCUUCAAAAGGUGGUGCCUCAAGAAAGUGGCAUCCAUCAUCGGGGGCAUGCCUUCUUGCUACGACAAUCAGGGAUGAGAUACAGGAGCCUGAAGAAUGAAACUCAAAAGCUUAAGAAUCAGCUUCUUCCCCUCUGCCAUCUGAUUUCUGAACAGUCCAUAAACAUUGCCUCAUUAUUCCUUUGUUUCUGCACUAUUUAUUUAUUUUGUAAUUUUCAGUAAUUUUAUGUACUGCACAAAAUGACAAAUUUCAUCUCACGUAAGUCAUUUUUGAUCUGAUUCUGAUUUCAUUCUUCAUUCAUACCUGGAACAGUUGUAGAAUAAAUUUUACUGUGAAUCCAGUGAGUUUAAAGGGAACUGGAAAUAUACAAGCACUUCAAAGGCAGAUACUGAAUGCAAACCUGGUAGGUGGGAAUUAACCUUCUCGAACCCUGGAAUCCAGACCACAAGAACACCUACUGGCUCAUUCCGCUCUAGUACCCAGCUCUGGCUGCACAGCUCUAUGGGAUUACUGGAUCCCUUUUAAGAUCUAAAUUAUGGAGAUUGUUUCAGAGCUCAGUCAUCUGCAUGUUCAGAUGUACAUAACUGAGCUCUGGAACACAAGCUUGGGCACGUUCCUGUGCUGUACUGUAUGUCCUGAGUAUGUAAAACAACAAAGUUAAUUGCCAAUGCAAUCAUAAUUAAAAACAUGCAUAAUAUACCAAGUGAAACAGAUCUCUCUCUCUCUCUCACUCUCUUCCUAUCCACCCCACCCAGAUUUCAGCAGCCAUCUCCCUUGACUUUCUGGUCAUGUUUCACCCUUGCUCUUGUAGCCCUUUCUUACUACCCCUCCCACCAAAUCUCAACUAUUUUGUCUAUUCCCUCUUGUGCAUUCUACAUGUACUGAACCAUCCCUCCUUUGCUCCUUCUUUUAUCUCUCGCCACUUUCUCACCUUGGUCCCUUCCUCAUACAAUCCUCUCCCUCCCUAACUGCGAGUCAUGACUUUGUUGUCGAUAGCUGUAUUAACACGGAUCGUCCUGAAUUCAAGUUGAGUUUAUUGUCAUAAAUAGGGGUUAGUGAGGUACGGGUCCAAUAAAAAUGUUGCGUGGAGGGGCUUUUCAGGCAGGUAGACUCAGGCAGCACACAGAACAUAAACUCUGCAUAAAUUAUACACGACUGUGAAGAAAAGGCGAGAAAUGCAAAUCUUCAAUUAGAAACAAGUCAAUGUAAGAUGUCUGCAGUGUUCAGCUGCCGAGGCAACAUUAUGACUGAAGGUUAGUGCGAGGUUUAGGAAAAUAACUGGUCUGCUAGAGUUGCAUUUUAUUUGACUGAUAGUUCAGAUUCUAGGGUUAAAUAUUCUUGUUAACAGAAAAUAAUAGCCCAAUAAUCCCUCCAUACUGUAGACAAUGCCUUAUCUGCUGAGUACACCCAGCACUUUUGUGUGCAUUGCUCAAGAUUUCCAACAUUGCAGAAUCUCUUGUGUCUCUAAUGCAUCAAAGUUACCCCUAAGGACUCAAUUGUAUUUUUUAAAAAAAGAACAGGCACAAAAUGUUGGAGGAACUCAGCAGGUCAGACAGCAUCUGUGGAGGAAGGUGAACAGUAGAGAGCCGAGAAUCUUGAUGAAGGUCUCGGCCCGAAACUGUUUAACCCUUUUCCAUUGAGCUGCUGAAUUCCUCCACCAUUUUACGUGUGUUGCUUGGAUUUCCAGCAUCUGCAGAUUUUCUCUUGUUUAGUCUUCAGUCGUUGAAGUCUCUCUUGUGCGCUGAUAAAGGGAACGUUUAAAAAUUGAGGAAGACUUGCCCUCUCUGUAAAAGUAGUUAGUGUGGGCGACUCCAGAUGGCGCCCAACCCUAAACACCGGGUACCACCUUGUAAACCCGCCCUUGCCGCGUGUUGAUUGGUCGGGUAUUGUUGUCAAUUAGAUGACGUUCGGUGACGGGUGGGUCGGCCGUUCCAGGCGGCGAUGGAGUGGGCGCCGCCAUUCUGCCGUGGGUUCCCUGACCGGCGGAACGUGCCGCCAAUCGCGGCUUUUACCCCGCAGUGCCAAGGCCGCGACUCUUUUUAUAACCCCACUGGUCGGAGCGAGGAGAAGGCGACCGGCGCGUAUCCUGUUCCCGGAGGGCAGCAUGGAUUCCCUGGGCCGGAGAGGAGCCGGGCCGGGAGCGACUGGAGGCCUGAUGCCCCUUCCUACCAGGGCGGCCGGGACAGGGGCCCUCCCCGAGGCUCCCCAGCGUCCCUGGGUAGAGCGGAGAGGUUAGAGGAGCAGCUCUGGGAUCAGGAGCAUCGGGGCCAGUAUUUGACCCAGCCCCAGGACAACAAGCCCCCGGAAUGCCCUCCCCGUCCGUGGGGGAGCGACCACCCCUCUUACCUUCACCAGGACUACCUUCCUCGCCCGCAGGGGCAUCAUCAAGAUCGCCCGCCACACCCGCAAGGACCUGAACGUCCUCCCAAUCCCUGGGAUCAAGGCCAGCAGGGGCAGCCACCCCGCCCGCAGAACUGCCCACCCCACUUACAGGCUCCUGACCCCAUGUCCCACCAGCAGGCUUAUGAAGGCAGAGAUCAACCCUGCCCCUCUGGGAGAUUUCUCUGCCAGGACCAUCCAGUUUAUCCUCACCAAAAUCAUUAUCCACAGAAUGGGCAGUCGUAUUAUCUUCCUCAACACCCAUACCAACAGAAGCCCUUGGAUGCCCAACAACAAUAUCCCUUCCGGCCAAAUUCGCAUCCCGAGCAACACCCACCCUUCCCCAAGAGAGAUGUACCACCACCCAACUUUCAAAAUGUGACUUCUCAACCUGAAAACAGUUCGUGCCCAAAUCAAACUACACCUCAAAGUGGAGGUCUUAACUUACCUGCUGGAUUUGGACCUCAGAAUUCUCAGUUAGUGAACCAGAGCCAUAAUAAUCAACAAAACUUCCCAAAUUUGUCAGUGGACAUUCCAUCUUGGAAGAAUGAACAUGGUAUGCAGUACAAAAGUGAUGAAAUGGCCAUGCCUUGGCCUUGUGUUGCUAAUUUCCCACAAGGUUUGAAAGAUAGCAGUAUAGAGCAACAGCAGAGAAAGGAAUCAGUAACCAAAUUCUUAUCACCUGAUCAAUUCCAUGACUUCAAAAACAAUGAACGGACAAAGGAGCAAGAUGAAUUUUGGCUCAUGAGGUUUGUGUCAAAAUGUAAGUCACAGCCUUCAGAGAGCAAAAAAUCUAAAUCUCUGCCACUAGUUAGUGAAGUUAAAGAAUCUGUACUGAAUGCUUGCAAAUUUGUGGCGGAACUUACUGCUUUAUGCCAGCAAUUGAGGCAAAAUGUAGAAAAUGAAGAGAUUUGGACCGAAUCUUACCUAAAAGCAAUUGAGAUAAAAACUGUUUUACAGGAGAAACUAAAGAUCCUUACAGAUAGUGAGUAUGUCAGCGCUGUGAAAAAAAAGCUGGAUGCAAUUAAAAAGAAAAGAAGAAAUAUUCAAAGGAAGAAGCAAGAGUGGUGUUUAGAAAAACAGGAACAAAAGGCAAGGAUGGCAGAAAAGGAAGCGAAGAUUGAAAAAUGGAGAAUGAAUUGUGUCCGAGAAGUUGAAGAGAAGAAAAGGGAACGUGAACUAAAAGCUGCAGCUGACAGUGUCUUGUCAGAAGUGCGGAAAAAACAAGCAGAUGCAAAGAGAUUAGUGGAUAUCCUCCGGGCUCUGGAGAAGUUACGGAAAUUAAGGAAGGAAGCUGCAGCUAGAAAAGGUGUUCACCCUCCUCCUUCUGCUGAUGAAAAUUUUGAGCAUCAUAUUGAAAGGCUUAGAAAAUUAAUUAAAAAACGUAGUGAUCUCUACGAUGCAGAAGAAAGAGCCUUGAGAGUUAUGCUGGAAGGGGAACAAGAAGAAGAAAGGAAAAGAGAAAAUGAGAAAAAAAUGAAGAGAGAGAGAGAGAAGUUAGAAAAACAGCAACGUGAAGUUGAAUCAAUGCUAUUUGGAGACCCAGAUUUGCCUGCAGAUCACCCACUACAACCGUUUCGUCAAUAUUACUUGCAAGCUGAGCAUUCUUCUCAUGCACUUAUUCAAAUCAGGCAAGAAUGGGAUAGAUACCUUGUACCAGGAGAUCAUCCUGAAGGUAGCUGUAUUCCGCAAGGUUGGGUCUUUCCAUGUUCACCUUCAUCAGACGUAUGGCGAACUGCACUCAAACAGAACGAAAGUUGAUGUUCUUCUCUUUAGUUUAAGAUUUUUUUUGUUAAAGAUGAGCGUCUGUUUUAUAAUAAAUGUGGAUUUAUCUCAUUUGA